AUGUCGCUCCGAAUUGCUCUCCGCCUCCACCUGGAAAAAUCCUCGACGGGCCGUGUCGCUCUCCCCACCACCACGAAAAUCCGACCUCCACAGCGCUCCCCGACCACCACGGCGAAACCUCCUCCACAGCGCUCCCCGACCACCACGGCGAAACCUCCUCCACAGCGCUCCCCGACCACCACGGCGAAACCUCCUCCACAGCGCACCCCGACCACCACGGCGAAACCUCCUCCACAGCGCACCCCGACCACCACGGCGAAACCUCCUCCACAGCGCACCCCGACCACCACGGCGAAACCUCCUCCACAGCGCACCCCGACCACCACGGCGAAACCUCCUCCACAGCGCACCCCGACCACCACGGCGAAACCUCCUCCACAGCGCACCCCGACCACCACGGCGAAACCUCCUCCACAGCGCACCCCGACCACCACGGCGAAACCUCCUCCACAGCGCACCCCGACCACCACGGCGAAACCUCCGCCACAGCGCACCCCGACCACCACGGCGAAACCUCCGCCACAGCGCACCCCGACCACCACGGCGAAACCUCCACCACAGCGCACCCGUAAGGUCCCGUUCCGCCGGACGCUCCCGGAUCGUACGUGCACAAGGAAGCACCACGAUCCAGGCGGACCAUCCACCGCCGUACAAUAUUUCGUCAACGACAACGACACGUUGAAACGCCGCUCGAGGUCGACGAAAUUGACGUUGUACGGCAGGUCCUCCUCCUGCGCCCUCGAAACCUGAUGUACCUCUCCUAGUUGCCAGCCCUCCUGCUUCGUUCGCACGUAAACAGGCGCUCCUUUCAUCUCCGCUGACAGCAAGGCAGGCCCACGCUCCCACGUCGCCAGUAACGCGUACCCUGGUGGCACAUCAAGGGAAUUACGGGAGCGAGCUUGCGCGCGGUGCGCGGCAAGCUUAUUAUAGUCACGGUGCACUUUAUUGUCGGCUCCUACUUGACGCACUGCACUGCCCACCCAAUACUUGACGACAAAGUCACCAUACUGCUGGAUGUUUGCUUCAGAUUCCCAAGUGGGUUGGCGGUGUCCGCGCCAACGCGUUUCGUAUUGUACCGCGAUGGAACCCCCUGGACCUCUACUGAUACGGUGACCGGUGAUAGCGGUCGGCUGUGCACGCUGUACGUCAAGCUCUAUUUCCACGUCAUCCGCGGUUGGGUAGAAGGGAGGUGCCAUGUCCGCAAAUUCAUGCAGGACGUACGAACAAAUUUUCCAAGGUAAAAAGUCGGGGAUGUCCUCGGGUUCGUCCGCACGAUGGCAACGCUUACACCGCAACACUGAGACACGGUUGGAUUUGGCCUGUGUGUCGUGCGGUAAAUCCAGAUACAGCAACUUGGACCCAACUUCCAUGUCGUUAAAGCGACAGGGCCCUACAGCAAGCACUUUAAACGGUCCUGUCCACAGGUUAGCGAGUUUCGCUUUAAUCCUCUUGGCAGAAGCUGUUUGAUCGUUAUUCGCCGUACGGAGGGUGUGCUGUGGAUCGUAGCACCACACCCACGCGCCCGGUGGAAAAUCGGCCGCUUCGUAAUGAGGUUGUCUAGAUCUUCGUUGCGUGCUCGGUGUUUUUCUUUCGUGAGUCUGUUUCUUUCAACCACUAGCUCGUAGGCUUUCGCUUGCCGGCCUUUCAUGAACUGGAGGUAUUCUAGAUCAUCCCGCUUUUUCGACUGCAUACCAGAAACCACCUUCUGUGACCCAAGAACCGUCAUCGGAAAACGAGGAUACCGGCCAAAAUGUACUUCCAUGGGCGCCAGACCGGUAGCCUUACUCGCGUGAUUGUUGUGAGCGUACACACACGGCAAGAGAUGGUCGUCCCAAUCGGUUUGUUGGGCGCUGAUCACGUGAGACAACAUCUGGCAGACCGUAUGGUUCAAUCUUUCGACGCACCCGUUGGAUUGAGGGUGGAAGGAGCUGGUAAACCGUUUCUUGGCCCCAAGCAAUCGGUACACAUCACGCGCGACAGCCGCCGUAAACUCGCCACCUCUAUCUGACAACAAAUACACCGGACAUCCCCAACGUGUUCAA